CCCAUUUCUUCACUCGUCGCUUUCUCUCUCUACAUCUCGCGCCUCCCACCAUAAAAGCCCUAGCAAAACCCUGACCCUUGAAAUUCCCGAAAACCCUAAUCUUUUCGCCCCCACUUUUGCACUCAGAGAAGAAUAUGGCGAAGAAGAAAGCGACCGGUCAAAGCAAUGGAGCCAUUGAGCAAAUCCAUGACCAUGACCACAAAGUCCGUGACACUGACCUUAAGGCCGCAGCUUUAAGUCGGCAAUCCUCCAUGGAAGACCACGAUUCUUUGGAGGAGAAGGUCCAGAGCCUGAAGUCUCUCAACGGGAUGCUUCUCAGGGAGACGGUGGAGAAGAGGCAGCAGAUUGAGUCGAUGGCUCAGGCCAAGGAUGCGUUGGAGGCCGAGUUGGCUGGCGCAGGUUUGGAGAAGACGGAGUUGCGGGGCGAGUUGAGUCGGGAGAGUGAUGAGAAUAUCGGGUUAAAGCUGGAAAUGGAUCUGAUUAUGGCUUUUGUUGAGAGUUGGUUGGGAGUGAUGGGCGAUGGUGUUGAUGGGCUGGUAGAGGAGAAGAUUGAGAGAGAGCGUGAGAUUAGGGUUUUGAAAAGAGAAGCAGUUGAGUUGUUGGGUAAGCUCGAGAGCGAGAGGGAAAUGUUUACUAGGGUUUUCGAAGAGAGGGAUUCGAUCAAAAGUGGGUUUGAUUUGCAGAAAGAAGAGACGAUUCGGUUGAGAGAGAACGUAAUCGGAUUGGAAAAGAAAGAAUCGAUUUUGGAAGACGAAAUUAACAAAUUGAAAUCGGAGAACAAUGGUUUGGAGGAGGAGAAGAAGAAUAGGGAUGAGUUGAUUGAACAAGUGAAGAGAGAGAGGAGUGGUCUCGAGAAGGCUUUAGAUGUGAGGGCUAGGGAAAUCGAUGAUCUGAAGAGUGAAAUCCAAGGGCUUGUGAGAGACAAUAAAGCGUUGGAAAUAGGAAAACUCGACAAAGAGGCGAAAAUCGUUGAGUUAGAGAAGAAGUUAAACGAUUUGAAUGAGAUUACCCAGUGCUUGAGAAACGAAGAGCGAGUUUUGCAGGAUCAGAUAUUGAGGUUGGAGAAGAAUCUCGAUGAGGCGAUGGAGAAAGAAAAAGAGACGGCAAUACAGAUUGAUGCUUUUGUUAAAGAGAAGGGUGUUAAGGAAUCCGAGCUUGAGAAGUUAAUGGAGGAGAAGAUCCUGAUUGAGAAAGAAAUGGAGGCUUCUGUCAUGGAAAACUCUGAGAAGGAGAAGUUGAUUGGCGUGUUAUCUCAGAAGAAUAAUGAGCUUGAGGAGCACAUAGUUACUCGGGAGACUGAGCUUUUUGAUCUGAAAGGAGAGGUUGAUAGUCUAAAGCAUGUUCUUGAUACACUGAAAAAGGAUUAUAGCCAUCAGAAGGAGAAGAACGAGACAUUUGGUCGUGAGAUUUCCCGGCUCAGGGAUUCUCUUGCACAGGUUGAGCUUGAGCGAGACGACACUGGGAAGGCUCUUGUUCAGCAGAAUAGACAAGUAGAGGACCUCAAAUCCAAUGUUUCUGAAUUGGAAAAAACAAUCGAAGCAACUGUUAAAGAGCUCGAAAAGAUGAAGACAGAGCGUGAGAGCUUGGUUAGAGAGAACAAGGAAGCGGAGAAUCAAUCAGAGGCAUUGAAAAACGAAAAGGGUAUCCUUGAAAAGGACCUUGUAAAUGUCAAGAAAGCAAUGGAUGACCUGAAAGCAGAACUAGAGACUGCUCGAGCAAACGAAGAACGCUGCUUGACUAUGCUGAAGAGCACGUCGUCUCUGUUGUAUCAAUCACAGAACACAAGAGAUGGAUUCGUGUCCGAGGAGAAGGAGAUUGAACCUUAUGCUAUGGAGCUAGAAGCGAUCAAGAACGCGUUCAGGAAUAAAGAGGACGUAGUGGAGGAAAUGAGGAAGGAAGUGGAGACGAUGAAGCAUUCGGUAGAAGAGGCGCACAAGAGGAAAAGCUUCUGGACCAUUGUUUCAUCGGCAACAACUAUCUUUGCGGCUGCUUCUGUUGCAUAUGCUGCUAGGAUCCGAUGAACGAUUUUUGGAUGGUACUGUGACACUGUCCCUUAACUCUCUGAUGAUGAUAUAUUAGUACCUCUUUCGAAUUCUCUACUUUGAUAAACUCCUAAGCCAUUUUAUGUAUGGCUUGAGCUUUACUCAUAGCUUACAAAUAAGCUUGUUCUCGUAUCUGUGGGUUCAGUACCUAUGAAAUGAUUGUGGUUCCCGUUCUACUUUUUUCCGGGUUCAUUGACUAUGAAGUGGAUAUUGUUCCCUUCGUAUUAUGCAUGUUUCCCUUAAAGUUCAUAUU